AUGUCAACAUCCACACUUCUUCCACUCGAAUUAGUGGACAAGUGUGUAGGUUCAAGAAUCUGGAUUAUUAUGAAGGGAAACACAGAAUUCUCUGGAACUUUGUUAGGUUUUGACGACUAUGUUAAUAUGGUUCUUGAAGAUGUAACAGAAUAUAAUGUUUCUACAGGAACAUUGGAGAAACAUAAACAACUUUUACUUAAUGGAAAUGGAAUUUGCAUGUUAAUUCCAGGCGGAGAAGGAGAUUUUCAAAAGGAAUAA